AUGGACGGAGCUCACCACAUCCCAUCGAAGAGGGAAGUUCAAAUCAGCCCCAGCAUGAAGGACCAGCACGGUUUGUCCCAAGUGUUCGACAUAGAUGAUGUCAGAGAGAGGAGGAUGAAAAAGGGAGGGAAAAAGUACAAUCAAGUUCAACCUGUGGCAUUAGGCCAAAGCAGGAAGAUUCCUUCGAGCGAGAACAGAAAAGCUAUGAGUGAAAAGGAAAAGACGGAGCUUCUGCAAAGGAUAAUUGGGGGCGGCUCCCAACAAUUUCCUUCCGGAAUGCGUGAGUUCAUACUAGGAUGUUUUCAAUUAGCAGAGCAGCACAAAUUCGACCAGAGUGCGCAUAUGCUGUUGGUCCAGCAGCUCAAAGACCUCAUUAGCAAAGCGUAUACUGAAAAAAAAGAGUACAUCAAUGACUGGUGGUCGCAGACAAUUCCUUGUUUGACAAAAAGUAGAACCGAGCUCGUUUUAGCGUGCGACAAACCCUCACGGAAGCCUAGUGCUCCCGUUUCUAGUCCUCGUCAAAGCUCACUACCUCCUCCGCCUCCUCCUCCGCCUCCAAGCCAGGAAGCCGUCCGUGGAACCUUAAGAGUCCCACCGCCACCGCCUACUGUAGAUAUGGCGCGCAGGCAAAACUCAAACACAGUCGCCCCAGAUCGGCUGGCUUCACGGUCAAGGGGUUCUACGGAGCUUGAAAGGAGAAGAAAAAGGAUGGAAAGGUUUUCAAACGACAGCACAGGAUCUAAAAAGUCGAAAGUUACAUCUGAUGAGAACUUUGCGAACUUGAAUGCAAUAUCAACUAACUUCUACAAGUUUGAUAAAAAUAAGCCUGUAGUUGGCCGCUGCCAAACCCUUGAAAAGAAGUACUUGAGGUUGACAUCUGAACCUAACCCAGAUCUCGUGCGUCCCCUGAACGUUCUUAAAAAGGCCUACGAUUCGAUUUUGGAAAAACACACAAAAGGUGAAGCUUCCUACGCAUACUUGUGUGACCAGUUUAAGUCGAUGAGGCAGGAUCUUCGGGUACAAAUUAUAGAAAACCAAUUUGCGCUCAAAGUCUACCAGACCCAUGCUCGUCUCGCUUUACAAAAUAAUGAUAUCGGGGAGUUUAACCAAUGUCAGAGCCGGCUCGGGCAAUUGUUUGAAUUACCUAACCUGCCAAACUCGAACCUGGAGGAAUUCGUCAGUUAUAGAAUUCUUUACUAUUUGAUGAUGAAUAACCAAAAUUCGAUAAACGAACUCAAGCUUAAGUACAUGACUGCGGAAAACCUUGCUGUCUAUAGGCAUCCAAUAGUGCGGCACGCUUUGAAAAUGGCAAAUUCGCUCUUGAUGGACGACUACCACAGCUUUUUCAAGCUCUACGCUGAAACUUCAGGUCCGACUAGGUGCCUGGUUGACACCUUUAUAAGCAGAGAGCGACUGCGAGCACUUAACACAAUUUCGAAGAGCUACAACCAAAUACCGUUACCGUUUUUAUUCAAAGAGCUGCAGCUGCAGAGUUUCGAUGAAGGAGUCGAAUUUAUAGAGCAGCUAGGCCUCUCUCAGUAUGUCAGUUACAAAAACAAGGGCCAGGAAGGAGAGCUCGCGACUCUCAAUACAAAGACUAGUAGGUUCUCGAUCAUUCAGCAAUUUGAGAAAUCCAAAAGAGUCGACAUCAAGGGUCAAAUCUAG